AUGGCUGUCGGUAACGACCACCUACUCAGCUUACUCCUGGCCUACUCGGCCGCCCAUAGAUCAAGACUUCUCGGAAAGAAGGAACCGCAGAUGAGGAUAGCAAUCUGGGUGCAGGACAUCUUUCCAGCUCUCCGGCAGGCCCUCAACGACAGGGACAAAAUCAUCUCAAACACGAGCCUCGCCACCGCCAUCAUGCUCGCCUCGCUGGAGAUCAUCUCGCCCACCGCGUUCGGGUACGACAUUCCCUGGCAGCGGCACCUGAACCUGGCCCGGACGCUCAUGUGGAGGCGGCUGGCGGACCUGCGCAGGACCACCGAGAACGGUCUGCGGGAGGACGGCGCGUGUGCCUUCCUGUGGAGCUGGUUCGCGUACUUGGACGUCUUGGGGAGCUUGAGCGGUGGCGGUGUGCCCGACGCGGAUUCCUCGAGAUUCUGGCUGCUCGAGUAUACGGUCCACAAUCCCGGCGACAGCCAGGAUGAGAUUGACUGCGUCAUGGGCUUCACUACGCGCUGUGUCCAGAUCCUCGCCCAGAUCGCGGAGCUGGCACGCCGCUGCGACGAGCAGCGGUUUGCGCUGAACGGUACCUCGCCGCAACUUGUCUGGUAUCCGAACGCGGAUUCUGUCGAGCGGGCACAGUUGUUGGAGCAGGAGCUUUUGUACAGCAUGGCGCAGCCGUCACGCCCGUGCAGACACAUCACUACCAUCAACACCCAGAGCCAGAGUCUAGGCCAGGACACCGGUGUCAAGAUCGAAGGGCGGGAUACCAUGGGGGAGAUCGUCCUUCUGAACGAGGCGUUCCACUGGGCUGGGCUUGUGCACCUACACAGGCGCAUCCUGGGUAAGCCGCCCGGCCACGAGGACGUCCAGGGACCGGUGGGCAGGAUCGUGGCGUGCUUGGAGGGUAUUGCGCCUGGCGGAUCGGCGGAGACGGGGUUCUUGUUUCCCAUGUUCACGGCUGGGUGUCAUGCGCUGGAGGGCCCGCAGAGGAGCAAGAUAUUGGAGAGAUUUCGAAGCGUGGAGAGGAAUGGGAUGACGCAGGUCUACAAGGCGAGAGUGCUCAUGGAAAAUGUAUGGCUUACGGGGCAGCCGUGGGAGCCUUUGCUGUGUACGGAAUUCGUUGGGUGA